AGAGAUAUAGUGACCGACGGGUUCGGACUUGGGACUAACCGUCUUUUGCUUUUGCAUUGGCUGUUUGGCGGUUGAUCUCUCCCCUUCUCUUUACAAAGAAGCCAGUAUCAAUUUUUUUUUUAAUCUUAAAAUCAGUAAUGGCCUUUGGAGCAGUAACUCAGUAGGACUGGUACAGCCAAAUCAUUAACCAAGAUGAUGAAUAGGAAUCUGAGGGAUUCAUCUCAAUCUCUGUUCGGUACCGCCAGGAAUAACAUUUCGGCACAUCAUCAUCACCGUCGUCGUCAAAGUUUGAACGGUGGAUUACCAUUCCAUAAGGGGUCCAAUGAUAAUCUAGAUCUCUUCUCAAAGAACCGUCGUAGCUUCUCCGUCGCUUCCUCCGAUGAAUUCUCUGAUGUAAAAUUGGGAAGACUAUCACUUGGAUCAGCAAAAGUGAACGGUGGGAUUGAUGAUCUACUUUCGUCUACAGAUGGAGGAAAGCAUGACUACGACUGGCUUCUGACUCCUCCUGGAACUCCAUUUUUCCCUUCAUCUGAGGGAUCUGAGUCUCAGUCUGCAACGGUGUCAGUAGCUCCAAGAAGCAAUUCCAAAGUUAGAUCAGUUUCAACCACAAAGGCUUCAAGGCUUUCAGUUUCACAACCUGAGAACAAUCAUUCUGUAAGACCUGCUAGAAGCAGUUCAGUAACUCGGUCUUCUGUUUCUUCAUACAGUAACUAUUCCUCGAAUAGGGGAACUUCAAUUCUCAAUACAAGCUCAGCUUCUGUGUCAUCUUAUACAAGACCAUCCUCUCCCAUUACUCGAUCAUCUUAUACCAGACCAUCCUCUCCUAUUACUCGCUCGCCAUCUACAGCAAGACCUUCAGCCCCAUCUCCCCGCUCAACAUCACUGCCCUCAACCCCUGCAAAAAUCCGCUCAUCUCCAAAUGGAUCUUAUAUUGACAAGAGUUGGCCCUCUCAAAGUUCAAGGCCAUCAACUCCAACUUCUAGGCCACAAAUCCAUGCAAACUUGAACUCAACAGCUGUUCGCUCAAAUUCUCGCCCAUCAACUCCCACGCCUCUGAAUCCAAUGCUAUCUUCUGAAGCUGGUGCUUCACCUUCUACUGGGCGCACUGUUUCAAAUGGCCACAGUGCAGGUCCAGCAUCCCGACCACGCUCCCCAGGUCCACGAGUCCGGCCCUCACAACAACCUGUCGUGCCCCCUGACUUUCCUCUUGGCACACCAGCAAACCUUAGAACAACCUUGCCUGAUAGGCCAGUCUCUGCUGGAAGGUCUAGGCCUGUCAGUUCUGUCACCAUGAAGGCAAACCAAGACACUACUAGCUCUGUAAAUACGCCAAGAAGACAUUCAUCACCAGUUGUCACAAGGGGAAGACUCGCAGAACCCAAUGGAAGGACUCGUGUUCAUUCCAAUGGGCAUCCAUCUGACAUACACGAGUCACGAAAGAACGCACCUGUCUCCGACUCAACUAUGCGGAGACAUUUAAAGUCUUCAACAACCACUGCAGAUGGCCCGGGAUUUGGGAGGACCAUCUCAAAAAAAUCACUGGAUUCAGCUAUUAGGCAUAUGGACAUAAGAAAUGGCACAACAAGCAUUCGAUCCCUUUCAAGCACGACUCUGUUUCCUCAGAGCAUUCGAUCUGCCACUGCUAAGACCCAAUCUCUUCGUUCCUUAAGUGCUUCGGACUCUGAUAAUAGCAACGGAAGCCCUGGUAGGUUGAAAAACAGAGACUUGCCCGAGAACAGAAAUAGUAUUAGCAGAGCUGCAGAGUGUGGAAGUGAUUUCCAUGAUGGAAGAUAUUCUGCCAAAUUAAGUGAGGUGGACAUCUACGAGAGUUCCCGGUAUGAUGUUAUAUUGCUAAAAGAAGACUUGAAGAAUACCAACUGGUUGCAUAGUAUUGAUGAUAAAUCCGAUUUAGUAUCCAUCUCUGAUGGAUUUGAGCCUCUGCCUGAACCUUUUGGCCUAUUAUAACAUUCUUUUUUGUCCUUGGUUGCCAUCUAUUUUAAUGUUUAUAAUAUUGUGAUUUGUUAUAA